AGAGAAGACCAUCCUCAAAGUCGGACACAACACAGAGAGAAAACCCACCCAACCCCCUACAAAAACAGACAAACCCCCAAGAAAAGUCAGAAUAACUGAUCAGAUAAUGACUAAAGAGAGAACUUCAGACGAACCAGCUCCGCAACAGGAAGUGAAGCGAUCGAAAGUAAAGAAAGAAGUACAGUCAACGCGAACUGUAUCAGUUCCAACCAAACCAGAACACAAAUCCAGGAGAACCGUCUCCAGUACCCCUCCAAAAGUUGAUAAAACUCAAGUCAGAAAAGCAAGCACGCAUGUAAAACAACGCGUGACACCCAUCGUAAAACACGUGCACUUGGCCCAGACUGUGAAACACGUGACUACAUCAGUGAAACAUCACGUGACUCCAGCUACUGUGAAACACGUGACUAUUAUGGAGGAUAGAGAACAAAGGGUGAGACCGGUGGUUCAGAAAGCUCACCUUGUAAAGCGACAUCACGAGGAACUGGAAUCUGAGGACUCUGACUCAUCAAGUGGACAGCACUCCCCCGUAUCACGUCGUGUGUUUGGUGGUGCUGCGCGCAACACGGAGGUGGUGUCACGCGACGUGGCAGAGCUGCCGUCACGUGGGCGAAUACCACGUGACUCAUCCGAGUCAGAGGGUGAUAGGUCUCCUGUUUUCGUUAGGAGACCUCCUGCGGACUCCUACUCCUCUAUACAGUCUUCAAAUGAACCAGUGAUGACGCGACGGUUACCAGAAGAGCCGUGCACCAUAACACGACUUUUACCGGAGGAUCCCCGCGCGAUCUCGCGUAACGUCUCUGGCAUUACUCGCAAUGUGUCUGGAAACGUUACGCGCACGGUGCAAACAGUGCGCUGUGUCUCGCCUGAUUCUACUACUGAUACUCCUCCUCCUAAACCGAAGCAAACUACCACUAUUAUCCUCAACACCAAAGGGAAAUGUAGUGUCAGACCUGUAUCUCCUCCGGUAGACAUGAAGGUAGAUAGGAAGCGGAAGGUACUACCCCGUAACGAUGGUAAAACCACCCUAACUAGAGUGGUACAGAGACAUCUAGACGCCAGUUCUCCCCGACAUUCUCCCAAACGUAACAAGAAUAGUUCCCCUAAAAUGGCUGAUCACCAAGAUACGGGCGGUUUGAAGUCUGAGAAAUAUAACUCUUUCAGAAGCGAUGCCGAAAUAUCUGAGCUACUCAGCAACAAUAAGUUCAGGAGCGAGGAUGAUUCGUUCGACAUUGUCCAAGAAAAGAAACUAGCCCAGAUCAGAAGAAAAGUGAGGUCUCGUAGCUUUUCAGAUGGACGGACCAAGACCUCGUUGAGCAGCAGAUUAGGAUCAGCAAGAGGCUCUGAUCUCCGUAAAUCUCUUCCGACCAAAUUUGGAGGUGUUGCUGCCAGAGUUUUUAGCGAAAACAGGUUAUCUUCGGCCCGCGGUAACAGAGCUUCUCUGCGAAAAACCUCCGGACGAAUCUCAGAGAGAAUUAGCUCAGGACGAACUUCUGGUUCAUUAAGAUCUCAGGAUAAAGAACGGUCAGUAUUUAAUCGGUUGGGGGACUAACUUCGGAGUACAACGAAGUGACGAAGACGCCGAGACGGACCUUGUAGAUAAAUUUAUGUACUAUUCAGUGUAAAAGACUCCUGUUGUGAUAUCUCAAGAUGAACAUUAAUAUUCAUUAUCACCAGUGACAUGUAGACUUGGAUAAUUGUAACAGUCGGGACAUCAUUUUGUAAUAUCGAUCGAAGAUUUUCAGCUUCGCCUAAUAUUUUGUGCUGUAUGCUUCUCUGCAAAUUUCAAUUUGAUGAGAUAUUAUCCUAUUUUAAUUGGGUAGCAGUUUCUCCAUGACGUUCAACUGAUAGAGUUUUAAUUGAAAGUUAUAACUUAUUUUUAAUGGGCUGGACAGACAUUUUAUUUGAACGAGUAUAACAUAAUUAAGUUGCUGUUAUGAUAAUUAUUGAGAGCU